UCGAGUGCAAAAGUGUCGAUGAAGAAACCAUGGUCCCCUCGGAGGGAGAGCCGAUGCAGUUGAACGUAUAUAAAAAGCUAAGGUACAGGAGAUGGCUCGCCCCCAAAUCUAUCGACGAUCUCACGACGAAGUCCACGCUUCGAUUCUGAAGUCUUCCAGGAACAUUGAAGAAGGAAUUUUGGUGGUAAAGAAAGAGGGUGAUGGACGACCAUGUUGUGUUGCAUGUUGACCGCUUGAUAACGCCACAAACUAUUGAAACAGUAGCAAAGGAGAAGGAUCCGACACCUUCUUCUGAAUCUUCCAGUCGCCCAGAUCCAUCCCGUUCUUCCACAUCAGGUGUCGUCUCUGGCAAGGAGAAGGGAGGAGAGGAGAAUAUCAAGGUUUCUGAGGAAGAAGAACCUCUUAUUCAGAUGGUAGAAUGCCGCAUAUGCCAAGAGGAGGAUCACAUGAAGAACUUAGAGGUCCCAUGCGCUUGCAAUGGCAGUCUGAAGUAUGCCCAUAGGGCAUGUGUGCAGCGCUGGUGCAAUGAGAAGGGUGAUAUAACCUGUGAGAUCUGCCAUGAGCAAUACAAGUCUGGGUACACAGCGCCACCGCUUGCCGAUCCUGAUGAAACCAGAAUAGACAUCAAUGGUGGUUGGAUAAUCUCAGGUUCUUCUUUGGAUUUUCAUGACCCUCGAAUUUUAGCAAUGGCUACAGCACGCAGCCAACUGGUUGACGCUGAAUAUGAUGAGUAUGCUACGAAUGCUAGCGGUGCUGCUUUUUGCCGCUCCACUGUUCUAAUUUUCAUGGCUCUUUUGUUGUUGAGACAUGCAUUGACUCUUACUGACGCUGAUGGAGAUGAGGAUGAUGCUUCCUCAUUCUUUUCGCUUUUUCUCCUACGCGCUGCUGGUUUUCUGUUGCCAUUUUACAUCAUGGCUGGGGCUAUAAUCAUCUUGCAACGUCGACGUCAAAGACAGGAAGCCGCGGCUUCAGCAGCGACUGGAGUGGCCUUCAUAUUGCAGUCCGGUCGGCAAAGAGGGUUGCAUCUCACAUUAGCACCUGAUUCGCCUGCCACUCCCCACCCAGACCCAGACCCAGACCCACACUCAUAGAUAUCUCUCAAACAUGUUGUAUUUACUAUUUUCCUUUUUCUUGUAAAUGCCUAUUUAGAACUUCCUCACUCGGCAUUUCUUCUUUUUUUACUGGAUGAAGAUUUCAUUUGUACUUUUUCAAAUUCCUCCCGUAAAUUAAAUGUAUGGAGAAAAUAAGUGUUAAAGCAUGGGUAGAGUUGUGUGCUUUUAA